AUGAAGGAUCUUGAACCAGGCACCAGAGUGAAUAUGCACUUGAGGGUUGAUUCAGUGAAAGUAACCUUGGAGAAGAAAAGAUAUGAUGGCACUCAAAUCAGACAAGCUGAAUGCAUCGUUGGUGAUCAGAAUGGAUGUGUGAAGCUAGUAGCCAAGGACAACCAAUUGGACGUUGUGAAGGAAGGAUCAGUCAUCACUGUGAGAAACGCUCACGCCAACGUAGUUGGUGAGCACCUCAGACUUGAAGUCGACAGAUGGGGCAAGGUUGAAACUUCAGCUGAAAAAAUCGAAAAAGUCAACACCACAAACAAUCUCUCUGAUGUUGAGUAUGAACUUGUGCAAGUCCGCAAAUGA